CGUAGAGGGCGGUCUUUAUAUUUCAGGACAUUCAAGAUGGCAGCGUACAUAGCGACUGUAAACCAAGUCCGUAAAAAACGACGAUACUUUGGUCUAUUUUGAUGGCUAAUUUUGAUCUUACAACUCUAACAAGUAUGGAAGAAAUCCCGCAUACGAAAGAUCUCUUCAAUCAGUUAACCUUAGGUGUCGUAAAAUCGCUUGAAAAGAGGGCAGGGAUUUGUGACAUUACGCUUGCUGAUCUGCAGCCAGCGGAGCGCCACCAAGUGGUGUCCUGGGAACAGCGCAGCUCCUGCAUGCUGCCAGAUGACCUCAAGAGGUUUUACCUGACCUCAGAUGGGCUACUGCUGACAUGGUGUGUCAGAUUUGAUGAUCAGUUGCAGCCGGUCGGGCGGAUGGAGAUUAACAAGAUCAGCAAUGUGACCAAGCUGGCUGGAAAUAAAGCCCCCAGCAACGCCAACACGCCGUCACUAGCUGAUGUGGACUAUGCAAGCGAUGAGGAGCAGUGUGACGAGGACACUGAUGUUCCAGCCAAGCCACAUUUUGACACAAGGAGUCGCAUCUUUGAGCUGGAUCCCUGCCGAGGUAUUGCCAAGGUCUGUCUGGUCUACAGGAAUACCAAGCCAGGCAGCCCUGCCCAGCAUCCUGAGGUGUGGCUUCUAGACAGAGCCCUGAGGUGGCAUUUCUUGGCCCACACGUUCAGCCAGUACUUCCGCAUGAUGCUGAUGCACCUAGGGCUCCCCCAGUGGCAGCUGGCCUACACUGAUGUCGGCCUCAGCCCACAGGCAAAGCAAUGGUUUAACCUGUAUUCCCCGCUUCGGAUCAGGCUGGAUUCGGAGACUAGCCUGGCUGAGGAGGAACCAGAAAAGGACGAUAGUUGGCAAGCUGCCAAGGGAGCUCCUAAGAUGGACUCCACGGAAGUCAACAAGCUGGACUUUGGACGAGUCUUCAAAGGCAAAUCAGACAAGAAGUCUAAAUCAUCUCAAAACAAGAAGAAGCAUGGACCAGUCGGAAAACCGCUCUCUGGAGGCACAAAUAACCGAUCCGGUUCUCAAUUGGGCGGGGGCAGGCUCCGAUGACCCAACUGGGAACUUGGGCGUGAAAGCAACUAGAGGAAGUACGGCUGCGUCUGAAUUGCUAGUUUUGUGGCUAAGGCUUCAGUGUUUGACAUGUACACUCUGCAGUAAAUCAGUAAACAUCCGCAGCCAUAUCCUCAUCCCAAAAACACCUGUUUUGAACUCGACCCAACUUUUCUUGUCGGACUACAUGUGGUAAAUCCUUGUGGUUCUGGAUCUCCUAAAUGACUUGCACCUUGAGCAAUCUGACAAUCAUAAUUACAGGCUUUCAAGCUGACUCGGGUGAACAAGUAGGAGAACAGUAGGAUCAAAAGUAAACAAAAAACAAAAACAGGAUAAAAGUGAGACUUUUGCGGGCUUUCAGGAGUAGUUUUCUGUGAUACUUGCCUAUAUCCACAGCAUAAGCCUCAUUUGGCACGUACUCACAACACCGUGUGCUCCAUCAUGAACUAAGCUCUUGGAAAAUACAGUUGCUGUACUUCUGCGCCCAAUUAGCACUUUGAUUUUUCAUUUUGACAGUGUGCAACAUAGUCUAUGUAAUAGACCACGGCGAAUAUUAUGC